GAAUUCUCCUCUCUCUAGCAAGAGCUACUUGUGUUCUAACUGUGUUCUCUUUCUUCCCCCUUCCUCAUGCUGCCAAUCAAGGAGACGAACAGUUCCGAGGAGUCAGAGUGUGAUGAUCUUGACCCUAAUACUAGCAUGGAGAUCUUAAAUCCAAAUUUCAUUCAAGAAGUGGCUCCAGAAUUCCUUGUGCCAUUAGUGGAUGUGACCUGUUUGCUUGGGGACACAGUGAUAUUACAGUGCAAAGUCUGUGGGCGGCCAAAGCCCACCAUCACUUGGAAGGGUCCAGACCAGAACAUCCUUGACACUGACAAUAGCUCAGCCACAUACACCGUCUCCUCCUGUGAUUCUGGGGAAAUCACCCUGAAGAUCUGCAAUCUGAUGCCCCAAGACAGUGGGAUUUAUACCUGCAUAGCAACAAAUGACCACGGGACCACAUCAACAUCUGCUACAGUCAAGGUGCAAGGGGUUCCAGCAGCCCCUAAUCGUCCCAUUGCCCAGGAGAGAAGCUGCACCUCAGUGAUUCUCCGCUGGCUGCCCCCCUCUAGCACGGGAAACUGCACCAUUUCUGGUUACACCGUGGAGUACAGAGAGGAAGGUUCUCAGAUCUGGCAGCAGUCGGUGGCUUCGACCUUGGACACUUACCUCGUCAUCGAAGACCUUAGUCCUGGGUGUCCUUAUCAGUUCAGAGUCAGUGCCAGUAAUCCCUGGGGAAUCAGCCUUCCCAGUGAGCCCUCGGAGUUUGUGCGACUUCCAGAAUAUGAUGCUGCUGCUGAUGGUGCCACCAUUUCUUGGAAGGAAAAUUUUGAUUCAGCAUAUACUGAGCUGAAUGAAAUUGGAAGAGGCCGUUUCUCUAUAGUAAAAAAAUGCAUUCACAAAGCGACCCGCAAAGAUGUGGCUGUGAAAUUUGUUAGCAAAAAAAUGAAGAAAAAAGAGCAGGCUGCUCACGAGGCUGCUUUGCUUCAGCACCUGCAGCACCCCCAGUACAUCACUCUCCAUGACACCUAUGAGUCCCCCACAUCCUACAUCCUGAUUUUGGAACUGAUGGAUGAUGGCCGGCUCUUAGACUACCUUAUGAAUCAUGAUGAGCUGAUGGAGGAAAAAGUGGCUUUCUACAUCCGAGACAUUAUGGAAGCUCUGCAGUACCUCCACAACUGCAGAGUUGCACAUUUGGACAUUAAGCCUGAAAACCUGCUCAUUGACCUGCGGAUUCCAGUGCCUCGAGUGAAACUCAUCGACUUGGAGGAUGCUGUCCAGAUCUCGGGUCACUUCCACAUUCACCACUUGCUGGGGAACCCUGAGUUUGCCGCCCCAGAAGUGAUCCAAGGCAUUCCUGUCUCUUUGGGCACAGACAUCUGGAGCAUUGGGGUUCUGACAUAUGUCAUGCUGAGUGGGGUCUCCCCCUUCUUGGAUGAGAGCAAAGAGGAGACAUGUAUCAACGUAUGCAGGGUGGAUUUCAGCUUCCCCCAUGAAUACUUCUGUGGCGUGAGCAAUGCUGCCCGAGAUUUCAUCAAUGUGAUCUUACAGGAAGACUUUCGGAGGCGGCCCACAGCGGCCACUUGCCUCCAGCACCCGUGGCUGCAGCCCCACAAUGGCAGCUACUCUAAGAUCCCUCUGGACACCUCACGCCUGGCAUGCUUCAUAGAACGCCGUAAGCACCAGAAUGACGUUCGGCCGAUUCCCAACGUCAAGAGCUACAUUGUCAACCGGGUGAACCAGGGGACGUAGCCAUCUUCCGGCCCCCAAGGUUUCACAUGGAAGUGCAGUGUGAACCAAAGUAAGACUGAAUGUGUCUGUAAAUAAUUCUGUUCAUUAUUUCACUCCAUGCAGUUCUCUGGAUUGAGAGACGUACCUCUUAAACCUCGUCAGUGGUUAUUCAGGGUCUGAGCAGCAGUAACAGUCACCCUACACCCAGGGGCUUUCUAGAAGGUCAUUCUGAAGAACUAAAGAUGCAAAGCGUUGCAGAAAGUAUUAAAAAAGAAGGGCAAGAGCAACAAGAAUAUUAGCUGUUAUAAAAUUGUAAUUGUAUUUUCCAAAAUGAGUGGUUAUCUGGGCAAAACUUAAGCUCACUCUAGUGAGAAUAAAAGAUUUCUGCCUUUGCUGAAAAUGUAA